UAAAUGUUAUAGUGUAAACAAGUAUAAUUAACUUGUGCUGGGAAUACAAUAAUAUUAUAAUUAGACUGGUUAAGCAAGUGAAGAAGUUAAACAAGAUGACAAGUGAAGAAGUAAAAUUGGACAUAUCUGAUAACAAGGAGGAUGUACAAACAAUACCGAUACAUUUAAAGUUUAAAAAGUUAAAUGCAAGUGUUGAAGGAAAAAAGAUUUUGCAAGAUAUUUCUGGUGAAAUAAAACCUGGAGAAGUGCUUGCCAUAAUGGGACCAUCAGGUGCUGGUAAAUCCACUUUGUUAAAUUUACUAUCUGGUAGAGAGAAAGGGAUCUCACUGGAUAGUGGUAAAAUUCUCAUUAAUGGCCAAAAAGCUACAAAGCGUCUUAGAAGAGGAAUUGGCUAUGUUUUACAGGAAGAUGUUUUCUUUUCCCACCUGACUGUUAAUCAGACACUACAGUUUGUUGGUGAAGUAAGGUUACCAGACAAGUUAAGCAAGCAGCAAAAACAUGGUGUUGUAAAUGAAGUUAUUGAUGAAUUGGGUUUGCGUAAAUGUGCUAAUACAGUUAUGGGUGGUGGUUUGUUUGUGACUGGUUGCUCAGGAGGAGAGAAAAAACGUUGUAGCAUUGGUGUUGAAUUGAUAACGAACCCUUCUUUGCUUAUUUUGGAUGAGCCAACUUCUGGAUUGGAUUCUUCAACAGCUUGUAACCUAAUUAACACUGUAAAAAAACUUGCUCAAACUCAGAAUCGUGCGGUAGUGACAACCAUUCAUCAACCUUCGAGUCAUGUCUUUCAUAUGUUUGAUAAAAUCUUACUUCUCUGCAAUGGAAGGAUAGCUUAUUAUGGAAAGUUAUCAGGCGUCUUAAAAUUCUUUGAGCACAUAGGAAUGCCAUGUCAUAUAAAUUGGAAUCCAGCUGACUUCAUCAUGGAGCAGCUAUCUGCCGAAAAGAAAGUACAAGAUAAAAUUGUUCAAAAAUUCCAGGAGUUUAAAAGCAAUCGAGAAACUAGAAUAUACUGUGAAGAUGAAACUUCAGAAAGUGUUGACCUCAACUCUGUAAAGAGCGCAGAGAACUUGUGUAAUGGUGCUGACAUAAAAGGGCAUACUGAAGACGAUGAAACCCAAGUUAAUGGGAAAUUGCUUUUAGAUCAAGAAGCUCCUGAUUUUAAAAAAAACCAAUUGUCUAGAUGGCCAACAUCGUUUAAAACACAAACAUCUGCUCUGUGCAAGAGAGCUUUUAUCCAAUGUAAGCGUGAUUUUUGGGACAAGCUUAGUUUUAUACAGACAUUUGCAAUUGCUGUUAUAGCUGGUCUUAUUUGGUUUAACAUACCUUAUGAAGAAAAAACUCUAAAGGACAGAGAAGGAGUUGUUUUCUUUACAGUUAUCUACUUGUCUAUGACUCCAAUGUUUUUUGCAAUUAUGACAUUUCCUUCUGAAAGAAAUUGCAUAGCCAAAGAACGUGCUGCUGGGAUGUAUCGUCUAUCUGCUUACUACACUGCUAAAUGUAUCAGCGAGUUACCUAUCCUUCUUCUGCAACCUGUUGCCCUGUACUCCAUUGUUUAUUGGAUGACAGGUUUGAAUCGGUCGCCGGUCUAUCUGCUUGGGGUGUUUACGAUUAUAAGCGUAUCUAUUUUAGCCCAGACAUUUGGGUUGUGUAUUGGUGGAGCAAUUAAGAACUUUAAAAGAUCCAUAACUACUGCUAUCAUAUUCGCUUUGUCCACUAUGCUGUUGGCUGGAUUUUAUACCAAGCAUAUACCGUAUUGGCUCACAUGGGCGAAGUACGUCGCUCAUACCACCUAUGCGUACAACGCUUUAAUUCAUUUUGAGUUUGGGUAUGCUACCGAAUUAUUUAAAUGUUCUGCGGAAUCAACAUUUGAUGUCUGCAGCCGCAAUGGUACAGAAUACAUACACGGUGCGGACAUACUUUCUACAAUCACUACUGUAGAUCUGAGUGUAACAGAAUCGCUUCUUAUAUUGUGGACGUAUAUUGUGAUAUUUAGGCUUUCAUUUUAUUUAAUAUUAAGAUAUUUAAAUAAACCGAAAUAAAACUUUAUAAAACUAAAAAAGUAUAUUAUAUAUAUAUAUAUAUAUAUUGCAUAUCUAUAGUUUUAUUCAUAGUAAAUAGAUUAGUUCAGGAAAAAUGACAUAAAACUUAAACUUAAAGUCCUCGUAAUGCACAUACUUUUCAAUUUAAAUGUUCUUUAAUGUCAGUUUUUAUCUUUGUUUCAACCUUCGUUUUUCUUCUUUAAUAUUCCAUUUUUUCUUUUUUCGACAAUCAACUAGAUCAUCAGCCAUAACUAACUACAGGAAAAAGUCAGGAUUUUAACUAAAAAUGUCAGGAAAGUCGAAGGCAACUUUCAAGUGGACACCCUGUAUUGGGAAAUGAACAAAAUAGCCCAUUGGAGGAUUCUUUCUCGCUCUUACUUUCAAAACUGUGCUUUACUUCUGUGCAUUAAAUAAAUUUCUGUUGGUAGUUUAGCUAUUAUUUAUUAUCAAAACAUUAGAGGAAGAAAUUAUAUUUAUAAUUUUUAAUAGAGUUUUAUUCAGAAAGUAUUUAAUUUUUUUUUGUUGAUUUUCAAUAAAUUUUAUGUUGUCGUUGUUUUUGUUAAAGCAUAUGCAUUUGUUUUGUUUUUCGUAGAGGGAAAUUUAUGGAAAAAAAAUCGUUGUGUUCUGAA